AUGUCUGCCAUGGCGUUACCAGCUCUUAAAUCUGCAGCUGAUUGCGCAGAUUUCUCUCAAGCAGUGCUCCCUUUUCUCCCACAGCUUUACUCGCUACCGACGAGAGUGUUAGCGGCUGGCUUCGACAUCGAUGGGCUUCGAGAAAUCUACCUAUCAACGAAUCCACUCAUUACGGCGUUUGCUUUCUCGCUGUUCCUGGUUCCAACCUUUGUCCUGAUUUCCGAAAUAAACCGAAACUAUUCUCAAGUCGACCGAAUGUGGAGCAUCCUACCGUCUAUUUAUAACGGACAUUUCGCCCUUUGGUGCAGGCUGAAAGGAACCUCCACUACGGAAGUUAACACAAUCCUUAUUUUCACAAUAAUCUGGAGUGUCCGCCUUACUUUUAAUUAUUGGAGGAAAGGAGGCUAUUCCAUCGGCUCUGAAGACUACCGCUGGCUUGUUGUUCGAAAAAGAAUCAAUCAUCCAGCGUUAUUCUUUCUACUCAACGUCUGCUUCAUCAGCUUCACUCAAUCUGUUCUCCUAUUCCUCAUUACCGCGCCUACAUAUAUCUUUGUGCUCAUCAGCACCCUUCGCGAUGCACCGAGUUUUGGUAUUCCCGACCUCGUAUUUUCCAGAUUCCUUCUCUUCCUUGUGUUGAUCGAGCAUUUUGCCGAUCAGCAGCAAUGGAAAUUCCAGCAGGCCAAAAAACAAUACCAGAAGACUGCACGUGUCCCACCGGAAUAUAAAGAUAUGUAUACAAACGAUGACUUGGACCGUGGAUUUGUGGUAUCUGGCCUUUGGGCCUGGUGCAGGCAUCCCAAUUUUGUAGCUGAGCAGGCGAUUUGGGUGACGCUAUACAUUUGGUCUGCUUAUCGUGUGGAAUCAUAUUUCAAUUGGAGCGGUGUCGGUGCAUUCUGCCUUGUGCUGUUAUUUCAGGCAAGCACCAAUCUAACUGAAAGCAUUACCGCGAGCAAGUACCCCGAUUACAAGCAGUAUCAAGCCCGAGUUGGGAAGUUCAUUCCCCGCUUUGGCGUUGAGCCUUGA